AUGGGGUUCUUUCAAAUUGCAGAUAAAGUGGAUAGAAUGAAGAAUAUGAUGAACAAACAUGGACAAAAGGCUGAUAAUUUUGUGCAUGGGAUCAGAGAGCAUCUAAGAAUAGGUUCCACGCUCUCUGAAACUGUGAAAGGGAAGUUGAGCAUGGGGGCCAGGAUCCUUCAAUUAGGAGGAGUGAAGAGAGUUUUCAAGCGAAUUUUCGGUAUUGGAGAAGGAGAGAAGCUGUUGAAGGCUUCUCAAUGCUACUUAUCCACAACAGCAGGCCCUAUAGCUGGCCUCCUCUUUAUCUCUACUCAAAGGGUUGCCUUUUGCAGUGAGAGAUCAAUCAAAAUUUCCUCUCCAAAUAGUGAAUUGGUCUCCAUCCCACUAAGAAACAUAAAGAGAGUCAACCAAAGUGCAAAUGUGAAAAUGCCAUCACAGAAAUACAUGGAAAUAGUUACUAUCGACAACUUCGAGUUCUGGUAUAUGGGGUUCUUGAAUUAUCAGAAAGCUUUCCACUGUCUUCAACAGGCACUCUCUCAAUCUCAAAUAUGA